UCCUCAAAUUGCUUUGCUUUGACGCUGUCCAAAUCCCUAUUCGUCUUUCUUCGGUUCUGGGUUUCUCCAGGAUCUUCGGCGUGCGGGGUUCGAAAGUAAACAGGAUUGUUCCGCUUAAUUUUCUCUUUCCGAUUGAUUGGUUCGGUUGUUUGAUGGAAGCUUUCAGGAUUUCAUUGCCUUUUCCUUAAGACUGCAUUCCUUGAGAAAUUGUGACAUGGGUGGACUACCUGUUGGAAAUUCUUCGGAGUCCAAACUUGAGCAGGGAUCAGCAGUGGUUAAGUCUACCCCAGAUGGAAAACCAAAAAAGAAGAUUUGUUGUGCCUGUCCUGAUACUAAGAAGCUAAGAGAUGAGUGCAUUGUAGAACAUGGUGAAGAAUUCUGUGGUAAAUGGAUUGAGGCUCAUCGUAAGUGUCUUCGUGCAGAGGGGUUCAAUGUCUGAACUUGAUAAGCCAAUCAUAUGAAUUAUUUGAUUUUCUGCUAGUGUACAAUUUACCAUUUGAGGUAUACAUAGAUAACAGAGAAUAUUGAGAAAUAAAGUGAGCGAAAGAGUAGGCAUAGCCAAAGCUGCAGUGCAGCAAGUACAAUUUGGCUGCGUAUUUUUGUUGACUUGGGCCUUUGUUCAUGUAUUAACUUCCUCCUGGUAUUCAUAAUUUCUUACUAUCUCUUCUUUAUGUGAUGCCCAACAAAUUCUGUAUCAAUAUCAUGUGUUCUAAAUUUGUGAUUCU